UCUCUUCUGCUGAGCACAAAGAGUAUCACCAUUAUGAGUUUCACUGGAAAGUAUGAACUCCAAUCCCAUGAAAACUUUGUGCCAUUCAUGAAAGCCAUUGGCCUUCCUGAUGAGUUGAUAGAAAAGGGCAAGGAUGCCAAAACCAUCUCAGAAAUCGUGCAAGAGGGCAAAAAGUUCAAGGUCACUGUGACCACUGGCAGCAAGGUGAUGACUAAUGAGUUUACAAUUGGAGAGGAGGCUGAGCUGGAGACCCCAACAGGAGAGAAGGUUAAGGCUAUUGUUCAAAUGGAAGGAGAGAAUAAACUGGUUGCCAACCUGAAGAACAUCAAGUCAGUCACCGAGUUAAAUGGAGACACCAUCACAAAUGUACUGAGUGUAGGUGACAUUCAUUAUAAGAGGAUCAGUAAGAGGAUCUAGACAUUUGUAUAUUUUUACUGUGUAAAAGCAGUACAAUAAAGUAAAAUUUAUACCAUUGUCUCCAUUGCCAUUAUCAUUGUCACUUAAACUGCUGGUCAUGCAGCUCACAGCUAUCAAGGAGGAUAUGAAAUGUAAGUUCAAAUAAGACAGAUGAAUCUGCUCACCUUCUCUACAUAGAUGGACUCUAGAUAUGUUCUAAGGUCAUAGGAUCUGCUCAAACCUGUUUCAAAAUAUUUAUUCUCACACACUGGGAGUUCAGCCUACUGGAAUGGGGAAUCACAGUACAAAGUUGAGAGCUGUUACGCCUAUGAUCACCUCAGUGGCCUACUAAUUUCCAUUUUGGAUGUCCAGUAUGGACAUCAUAGUGCAGCUGAGUUAAUUCCUCAAAAGUAUUUGGUCGAUCUUUGUGUUGUUAUUUGCCACCCUGGGGAAAAAAAUUAAAGAACAAGAUAUAUAUAUCUCUUAAAUAAAUGUUUGUCCAUACAGAGACUAUCAAGGCUCAUUUGCAGGGCUUUUGCAUUUGUGACAAGAACAUGAAAGAGAAAAGGGGAACCCUUUUGCUUAUCUUACCUUUGGAAUCAGAGGAAAUCAUAUGAGGAGGAGCACCAAAAAUAACCAAAGUGAGGUUCUGUUGACUGGCAAGUCUAAAUGUUAUGCAUGACAUUGUCACGGCCGCACUUUUACACAUGUGCACUAUGGAAAUUUGCCAUUUUUAAACUGUCGGCAAGGUGGUGAUAUGCCAGAGCAUACAUACACUGUAUCUGUUGAUAAUUUUGCUUCUGAUCCUGGUUCUACCUGGUAACAACUGCAUGAUUAGCUGAAAUCCAAUAAGCUCAACAUUUCCUAACUUGGCAAUAUAACAGGUAAAGCUUCACCUGACAAAUUUGUGCUUGACAUACAGUUGCAGACACACAUAAGCUACAUCACAACACAUAAGCAAAACUGAACAUUAGUGUUGCAAGUGGUUGCCAAGUUGUCAGCAGUGGAUCACUAUAGAAAAAAUAGAAGUUUGAUUCUUUCCCUUUUACCUUUAGUUUGUGGUGGCUUCUGAAUACAGAUGGAACAUCAGAUCAUGUUGCCCAGAUCUAUAGAAAUAAGAGUUAGAACUGCAAGUGACAGCUCCCAACUUACUUGGUAGUCACAGAUUGACUGAUGAGUAGCAGGAGGAAGGGGUACCAUUGUUCAUGGCCAUGUACCGCACUGCUUCAAUCUUCCAGUGGUUGCUGGCCGGGAAUCCCUCUGGGCAUGAAUUGGCUUAGUGAGAGGUGGGACUCUGGGAGCAAGCCAGAGGAAGAACUUUCUCCCUCUUCUCUGUCAUGGGGUUAUACACUGCAGCCCAGGUUGCCAGCCAGUAGUCUGAGAAAACUUCUUUACCAUUGAAAGGAUAGAGCCAAUUGCUAUGGACAGAGUUUAGUAACCAGUUAUCAAAUCUGAAAAGGAUUUUUACCUGCAAGAGCAACUGGCCUGCAGUGCAGGGCUUUUGACUCCCUUGACACAAGAAUAGCAAUGUCAGUACAUGAUGCUAAACCUGCUAAUCUCUACUUCACAGGGUUGUGUGGCAAAUGCUGUGAUGCAUUUGUUGAUACAAGCACUUGAGGCAUUAUUUGAAGAUGAAACAGAAAAAGUUCCCCACUUCCCAUGGUGGGGAUCUUUUUAGGAGGUCUGGCAGUGGGAGGCAGAGCCCAGUCCAACUUAGGAGCUGGCAGUCUCUCACACAGCCAGGGAACAGGAAGGGCUUUCCUCAUAGUGGGCUGAAUACUCCCAUCUCCUCCUCCUUCAGGUCAGUGGGAGCAGUCAGCAGAUGUACUGCUGAUCAUUAGAUCUUGCCCUAUGCCCCCACCAAAUCUACUUCAUUUUUAAUUUGGAGCCAACUAUUUAAUCCCAUUGCUCCCUGGGUGCCUUCCCACUCCUAUUCCCUGGACUGCAACUCUGCUCUGCUGGCGCAGUUUCUUUGGGUUCCCUGCCUUUACCACUAAGAUCAAAUUCCCUCACUCAAGUAAAGUGUGACUCUUGCUAAUGUAGAAAAAUCAGGAGAUGUUGCCAAGUACAAAUAUCAUUUGUAUUCUGUUCUCCUCCUAAAUUUUCACUAUUUGAAUGAUUGUUGUACAUAAAUUCUAAACAACCUCUUUGAAAGUGGGCAGCACUCACCAGCUACAGCAGCACAUUUGUCAUAAGACGUUACUUGAUGUUCACUGACAGGUUUCACUAAAGUAGACCUCUAAAUUAUGACAAUAAUUUCAUAUGAAAGAUGUAUCCCCCCCACCAAAAGCUAACUAAGAUGCUAGUUAAUAAGCUAAUAAUAAUAAUAAUAAUAAUAAUAAUAAUGCUUACUAAUUAACUUAGCAAGCUGCCUGGCUGUAGCAUACAAGAUCUCAGGGACUCUGAUCAUCAAACACAAGCAGGCAGGCUGCUAAGGAUCUCAAGUUCCAUGUUUUGAAGAAGGAAGUAAGAUGGAAUCUGGAAAUCUGAAGAAACUACAUUUCUAGGAGAGUAGUGGUG